UCUUUUGUUCGUGAGCUUAGCUAUGCUUUUUAUUUAUUUAUUUUCUUUUAAGACAUUCUUGGUAUUCUUCAUCACCGACUCACAGGCUCAGAAACUCAGAUACAUACAUACAUACAUACAUCUCUCACAGCCUCAUGACCAAACCAUCCGAUACAGAAGGAAACGCUUUGCCCUUUCUCUUCCCCACAUUUCUCCGAUUUUUAGCUCUAUUUUAGUCUCAGGGUUUUGUGAUUGAAUUUGAUUAAACACGCAAGUGUUGCAUUGUGCAUCUGGAGGGAUACCAGUGUUGCUGCAACAAUGGUUCUGGGACUGAGGACGAAAAACAGGAAAAAUCAAGUGGAUUAUCUGAUACACCUUCUGGAGAUCAAGCCUUGGCCUCCAUCUCAGUCAUUGAGAUCCCUUCGAUCCGUUCUAAUUCAGUGGGAACAUGGUGAUCGGAAUUCUGGUUCUACUAACUCAGUUGUCCCUUUCCUUGGGUCUGGUGUUGGCGACGGGAAAAUUGAAUUUAAUGAGUCUUUUAGACUUCCUGUAACACUGUUAAGGGAAAUGUCCAUUAAAGGUGGGGAUGGUGGUGACACUUUCCAGAAGAAUUGCAUAGAGUUCAAUUUGUACGAACCUCGGAGGGAUAGGACAGUGAGAGGUCAGCUGCUGGGAACUGCAGUCAUAGAUUUGGCUGACUAUGGCAUUGUCAAAGAGACUUUGAGCAUAAGCGUGCCCAUGAACUGCAAAAGGAACUUUAGGAAUACAGGUCAACCACUUCUGUUUAUUAAAAUCGAGCCAGUUGAGAAAGGUCGCACCAGCUCCUCAUCAAGGGACAGUCUGUCAAAAGAAGCAUUGCUGGAAAGGAAUGGUGCUGAAUCUGUUUCUGCUUUGAUGAAUGAAGAAUAUGCUGAGGAAGCUGAGAUUGCAUCAUUUACGGAUGAUGAUGUCUCAUCUCACUCAUCUCUGGCUGCUUCUUCUCCAGCUUUGGAGUCUAAUGCGGUUUUACCACCUCAAAAUGAAGAGAAUGGAUCACAGGUAAUGAAUGAUUGCCCAGGCGAGGAUAAAGAGGAGCAUUCCUUAGCUUCAAAACAGGGGCUUGCAAAAUCAGAUGUGAAGCCUGUGAGUGAACAACAUGAAACUCUGAAGGGGACUUCAUCUUCUUUGUCAUCAACAAAGUCAUCUUCUGAUCUGGAGAAGAAUGUAAUAAUUCAUGCUACUUCAUCUAACCUUCCUGCGCCAAGCUCCUCAAUCUCAAAGAAAAUUGUUUCCCACGGUGUUCAAUCUUCAUCCACAUCUAUAGCUGAUGAGGAAACAGAGGAAAAGUUGAACUUCAGCAUAAGAAGCAAUGAACAUGACUCUUUGGCACCAGAGAUUGAUGAAAAUGUUGCUAAUGACAGAAUUGAAAUUAGUGGUACUGCUCAAGGGUCCACUAAGGAAAGUGUAUUGAAUGAUCCUUCAUCAAAAGUAGCCUCCUUAGAUACAGAUUCCCAGAUGAAUGAAAAGUUGGACUUCGCAAAUUCAGUUGAAUCUUUUGUCAAUGGAGAAGAUGAUAAUAAAGCUUGGAGUCAUACAAUAAGAAGCAUGCACAAGAUAGCAAGUACUGAUGUUUUUCUGAAUUCUUCUACGCAGGACAACGGAAGGGAAAAUGAAGAAAAUGGACAGGAUAGGCAAUUCCUGGAAGAGAAAAAGAAUUCUACAGAAGAUGAAUCAUUAUAUAGAUUAUCACAUGAUGAUACAAGAAAGCAAGUCCCUUCCGGAAGUGAUGCAGUUUCUUUCAACAGGGAAAAUGUUGGAGUACAGAGUAAUGUCCUAAAUAAUGAUAGAUUAAAGCAUGUGAAGUCUGUUCGCUCCCCAAUUGACACGGGCAGGAGCAAUGGAUCGUUCAGGAGUAAUCAGUUUGUGGAAAAAGUAAAAGAUGUUAGUAUUAUAGGAGAUGCUCAAAAUGGGGUUAGAAGCUUCAUUAGCAAUGAACGAAAAGAUGCUAAGAUUUAUCCGGAGACAAGAAGCAUCUAUUUGGACAGCAAGAUCCAGCAAUUGGAACACAGAAUAAGGACCCUUGAACGAGAAUUAAGAGAAAGUGCUGCUAUUGAGGUUGGUCUUUACUCAGUUGUUGCAGAGCAUGGAAGUUCCAUAAAUAAGGUCCAUGCUCCAGCUCGGCGCCUUUCUAGGUUUUAUCUUCAUGCUUGCAAAGAAAAUGGCCAACCAAGGGCAAGUGCAGCUAGAAGUGCUGUUUCAGGAUUAGUUUUGGUUGCAAAAGCAUGUGGAAAUGAUGUUCCUAGGUUGACGUUUUGGUUGUCAAAUUGUGUUGUAUUGAGAGCAAUUAUAAGCCAAGCCUCUGCAGAACAGCAACUACAAUUUGUCAAAAGGACCGGUGGCCAGAAGGGAAACAACAAGAAAUCAUCUUCACUUGAAUGGAAUGACACCUCCUCAAGCAAAAAGACUAGAGGGGCUUUACGUGAAAUUUCUGAUGAUUGGAAGGAUCCUCGUGCUUUUACAUCUGCACUGGAAAAAGUUGAAGCUUGGAUCUUCUCCCGGAUUAUUGAAUCUGUCUGGUGGCAGACUCUGACUCCACAUAUGCAGUCUACUGCUGCAAAGGCAAUCAAUGGAUGCAUGGCUUUGGACUUGAGUAAAAGCUACGAAAGGACAUCGAGUUCAGGCAAUCAAGAGCUGAUAAAUUUCUCAUUAGAACUUUGGAAGAAGGCUUUCAAGGAUGCUUGUGAAAGGCUCUGUCCUGUUCGAGCUGGAGGACAUGAAUGUGGCUGCUUGCCUGUGCUGGCUAGAUUGAUAAUGGAGCAAUGUGUGGCUAGAUUGGAUGUGGCUAUGUUCAAUGCCAUCCUUCGUGAAUCUGAUGAUGACAUUCCAACAGAUCCUGUAUCUGAUCCCAUUAGUGAUGCCAUGGUUCUUCCCAUUCCAACAGGGAAAGCAAGCUUUGGGGCUGGUGCACAACUAAAGAAUGCGAUUGGGAACUGGUCUAGAUGGCUUACUGACCUUUUUGGUAUUGACGAUGAUGACUCACUUGAAGAUGAGAAUGACCAUUAUGAAGAUGAUGAUGAUGGAAGAAAAGCAUGUGAUGCUUCUUUAAAAUCUUUCCAUCUUCUCAAUGCUCUUAGUGAUCUCAUGAUGCUUCCAAAGGACAUGCUCCUAAGUAGGUCAAUUAGAAAAGAGGUAUGCCCUACAUUUGGGGCAUUGCUAAUCAGGAGGGUUCUCAAGAACUUUGUCCCAGACGAGUUCUGCCCAGAUCCAAUUCCCAAGGUUGUGCUUGAAGCUCUGGAACAUUCUGAGGAUCCUCUUGAAGCUGAAGAAGGUUCUAUAACAAACUUUCCAUGCACUGCAGCUCCUAUAGUUUAUUUGUCACCUUCAGCAGCUUCAGUUUCAGGUAUUAUAGGAGAAAAUGGAAAGAAAUCUCAGCUGAGAAGGAGUGGGUCCUUAGUGCUCAAGAAAUCGUACACCAGCGAUGAUGAGCUUGAUGAAUUGGAUUCACCUUUAAGUUCAAUCAUCGACAGCUUUCGGGGUUCACCUACUCCAACAAAACCUAGUUGGAAAUCAAAUGAAAAUGGCAUUCGGAAUACUGUCAGGUAUGAACUUCUUCGGGAGGUAUGGAUGAAGAGUGAGUAGCAAUGCUGGACUUGGCUGACAGGAUUUGCCUAUACUUGUAAACAUCAGAUAGCUUCCAAAAUGCACAUACUCCCAACAGCAGCUUAGAUUGUCAAAUUGAUUCCUUUUGGGAACAAAUGGAUGAAUGACGAGAACUAUAUAUAUAAAUAUAUAUAUAUAUAUGGCUAGCAAGAACAAAUAAUUGUAUAACCCGGUUGUUUUGUCGUCUCUUUUUUUUUUUUUUUUUUUUCAGGGUUGGGUUGGAGGAGAGGGAUUAGUUGUUUUAUAGAGUUGUAAAUAACAUUUCUGUAUUAUCUGUUACUUGUUUGACGGCUUUGUUUCUCUCAUAUUUCUUCAAAUAUGAACUUGCCAAUUUGUAUUGUAGAGGAAUUUUCGUUCUAA